AAAUACCAUAAUUAUUUACAAAAUCAAGUGUCGUUAUAGAUAUUAUUGGUAAUGUAAAAUAUGCCAUAAUAUUUUACAAAAUUAAUUCUAAUGAUUCGUAGAUUCCCAUCAUACCAAAUUGUUCCAAAAUAUCUCUCAAAAUAGUACUAAUUUAAAUAAAAAAAAACCUUCAAUUGUAGUGAUGUUGGUUAUGCAUGAGUAUACAACUUCGGAAUCCACGGCAUCAGCAUUCCUGGCCGCAAAAACUGAUAACGGCACAUCGUCGUCGUCCGAGUGGUCAGGCGUGGUAAAAACAUCACUCUGGGGGAUAGAGAACGUUGGACCUUUUUUAAUCUUGCAAUUUUCCAAUUGCUUUUUUAAUCUUGCAAUUUUCCAAUUGAUCACUGUCGGAGUCACUAAAAUCAUGUCUCUUUCGUUUUUCUGACAUCGCAAACAAAAAAAAAAACUAGACGGAGCACUACUAUACGAAAAACCCGGUCGGCAACGAAACGCGGUGUACGGCACGAAAACAGGGAAUGAGACAUGCACAGUGCAUACGAUGGUACCACCGACGUGGCCGGUGUAGCGGGGUAACGGGCGG